AUGGUAGUCAGCCUUGUGAGGAUGUUGCACAUGCAAGGAAGCAAGAAGGUGGUCGAUCGCUGGAGAAAGAAGAACCCAGGACUCACUAUUGGCGUCACAUGUAAUAAGAAGUUGGCUUAUAAAAGAAAUCAGUCGACACCAGCGGAGAGCAAACCGAGAUCUCCCCCAAGAGUUAAGCACCCACAGAGCGACCCGAUGGUGACCAACGCUGGGACUGGGAAGGGGAAAAAGGUGGAAGGAAGUUCGGGGUUGGGUGCAAGUCUGCCUUGCCAAGUCCAAUUGGAGCCUUGUCUCAACUCAAGCCGCAGUAGUGAUACUUCGGGAGUGUUCCUGCUGGACAAGGGGCGGCUGUCCUCCACCGAGUUUAGCCCCAAGUCUCUGUAUGAUCACCAGGAGCAGGAGUUCAGUGCCCUUGGCAAGGCAUCCCACUCUGAUCUGUCUGGUCAAGAACAUCAGGACAUGAUGGCCAUGGUGGACAUUCCUGAUCAGGACAUUCCUUUCACCCUUGAUCCCGAACACGAGUCAUUUGAAAACCAACUGCGGUCUGUGCAAAAGAAUCUCAAGACUGAAAGUGAUGUUUCCGAGUUUGGCGCCAAGCUUUAUCUGAUCAGAGAAAAUGGUGAGACUGUGAAGAAGAUGCUGGUGCCAUUUCACUACGAGGACUGGGGAAAACUGGUGGACACAAUUCGGCAAGCGGUGAAGGAUGAUCUGGGUUACGAUCACUACACCCUGAAGGACAGCGACGGAAGCCCAGUGAACUACAACAGCACACCCUAUAAACAAGACCGGAAGGUCAUGGUGUGUUGCCUUGAGGCAGGGGAGACAACUGAGGGAUGCUGGUGUGAUCAACACGAAUAUCAACUUAUACAUUUUGCCUGAUUACAUCUGUCCAUGAAAAGGCCACGACGCUCCACGGUCAGGCGCUCAUGUCCUGUAAAGACCUGAACGUUGUAGUAACUGACCUGUUUGAAACUGGAUAAUGUUGCUUUGAAAUAGUUUUUUUUUUUAUUCAAUGAUAAACGUAAAAGUUUAGGUGUUGUUUUCAAAAAUUGUGUUAUACCUUGAACUGAGAUUUAUUUUGAAGUCUGGUUGAUCAAAUAGUGGGAUAGGGUGAGUUGGGGUGGUGUGAGUAUGUUUUGUUAACACGAAUGAGAUCAUGAAAUAAUGUUCACACGAAUGAAGUUACGAGGUACAUAAACCCCCUCAUGGCUCUGACACAUGACCAAUGAUGUCCCAUCAUUUUACGUGGCCAACUUGGGUUGUUCCCAAUGAAUCCAUGCUGUAUGACUUGACAAUCUGUCUCUGUGAGUGUGUGUGUCUAUCUGUCACUGGCUCUACAACAAUCCCCUCUCUGGUUAAACUAUCAGAUGGAAGCAAGAGUGACCCUGUUGUCUUAGCAACCAUAAUUAUCUGUGUAGAGUUGCUUCCCUUUGAGUUUGAUGUUACUGAGAUGCUGUUUAAAGCAGUUUUAAACCAAAUAUUGAUACAUCAGUACUCAUGAAUAUUUACCAUUUUCUGUGUUAUACCAAAUAUAUAUACAUCAGUACUUGAGAAUUUUUACUAAUUUCUGUUGAAACCAAAUAUAUAUGCAUCAGUACUCAAGAAUAUUUACUAAUUUCUGUUGAAACGAAAUAUUUUAUCAGUACUCAAGAAUAUUUACCAUUUUCUGCUGAAUCAGAUUCUUUUGCAAAACAGUGGUGAAAAUUAAAUGAAUGGAUCACCUUAAAAUGGCGGUGACACCAGGUGUUCACAGAAAGGGUAAGGAUGCCCUGCUCCUCUCACAAACAAAAGAAUUCUUAAA